CUAACCUAUACUAUUAAACCUACCUACCUACCUACCCUACCCUACCGAAUAACCUAUAAACCCUAUAAACCUAAGGCUGUUUAUUUAUCUAACCGCCUAUCCACCCUAUCCCGAUAACCAUGCCAAUCCAUCCAUUACUCCAUCGCUCCAUCGCUGCAUUACUAUUCCGACCCAAGCAACCCAAGCAACCCAAGCAACCCAAAGCAACCCAAAGCAACCCAACUAACCCAACCAAACCAAGCAAGCAACCAAGCAAGCAACUAAGCAAACCAAACAACCAAGUCCGUCCAGCCUAUCAUACAACCUACAUACAUGCCAACCCAUAAGCCCAGCCCAGCUUAUUAAAUUACCCCACCCCACCCCACCCCGCCCCAUCCAUCCCAUCCCAUCCCGUCC